AUGUCGAUCCGUCGCUGUGCUUUGUUGUGUCUGAGUGCCCUUGUGGUUCUUUCUUCGACAGCAAGUGCUGCAGAAAACGGGUUUGAAUAUGGGUCUGGGCUGCGAGGGCCAGCAGAAUGGGGCGGAUUCUGCGCCAACGGGACCAAGCAAUCUCCGAUAAAUGUUGUCAUGGCUGACACAGUUCUGGACAAGUCUCUCGGAGAUCGCUUGGAUACUGAAUAUGGAAAAUGUACGUACGCCGUGAUCAUCAACGACAAAUCGGCUCACCAUCUGGAUGUUGAAGGAGAUGGUUCUUUUGGCAAUCUCACUCUGAACGGUGUCAAGUACGAGUUGGUGAAGUUUCAUUUCCACUCGCCAAGUGAGCACACCAUCGAUGGCGUCAGCUUUGACCUCGAAGUGCAUCUGUUUCACAAAAGCGCAGAUGGCAAGUUCGCUGUCAUUGCCAUAUUCUUCAACGAAAGUCAUGAAGACGAUGCUGAGAGUCCUUUCCUUAAGCAGGUGUUUUCUUGGUUGCCGAACAUCACACAACCUGAUACAAAUGUCACCACCAUGGCACCCAUCACACUCGAAUCAUUGCCUCUUCAGGGGUCGUAUGCUCAGUAUUCUGGAUCUCUCACCACACCACCUUGCACCGAGGGUGUCUCUUGGGUCGUCAUGCUUAACGAGAAUCGUCUAGUGUCAGCUGGCAUUGUUCUCAACUACGUAUCUAACACAGAAAAUGUCUUGUCCGCAGUUCGGCGCAUACCAAAAGGUUUUCCCGGAAGCGAACAACAGGCCCGUUCAGAAUACAAGAUGCCGGAGUGUCACGCGUUUCGACCAAGCUUAAUUAGACGAUAA